AUGUCGCGUAUUGGUUGUCGCGUGGUAGCCCUAGUGGCGAAUCGACGCGAGAAAAAGCGCAGUGCGUCGACCGACGGACGCUACGCCCUUGGACGGGGCACGUGUCCGGGCGAGCGAGGCACGCGCGACGUCACCCUAACGCGAUCCGCACUCACGACAGCUAAGGAAAUAGGGAGUAGACACAGUCUUAUCGAUACCAUGCGCAUCGCUAUGAAAUCGCCGCAAGCGGCGCAACGUCUGGUCUAUUUUAAGAGUUGGCGUCUAUCGUCCUCCCUUAAAAUAGACCAGGUAAACAAACUGUUGCUUAGGAGCAAUGUGCAGGGCACUCUAACAGAUCGCGGCGAGCAAAUACGAAACGCAAGCAUUCACCUCACGGAAGGAUCCGAGAGUACGUGUCGAGUUACGGCCUUCGGCGCCAAUUACGUGCGUUACUCGCCGGAUCUUGGGCGGAAC